AUGCCUCGCAUCUUCGACCACACCAGGUCGGCCUGGUUAUAUCCCAUCCGGGGUAUCCAUUACUUCGCAACCCACCGUUUCCUUUGGCCCUUAUUCAAGGCUCGCCUAGUCCCAAUCGUCCUCCUGUCGAGCUUCGUUUACUUCCUACUCUUCUUCUUCACAUAUCUCCCUCAAGUUGCAUUUUUGUCCAUCUUCCAGGGUGCUGGAGCCUGGAUCAAUGGUGCAUUCUUGGUGCUCGGCGAAGGUGCCGCGAUUGUCGCCGCCUUGUUCGAAGCGUUCUUCGUUGAUGAGACUCUCGUCGAUAUAUUUGAUUCAGUUCUCGUCAAUGAGGGCCAGGAAGAGCUUGUCCUAGCCUCCCGCGUCAUCUACCCCGAGGCCGACGACCCAACGAGUCGACUCGGUACACCGACCACCAGCGCCGUCUAUGCGCCGUUCUCUCUCCGACAGAUCCUCGAGUUCAUCCUAUUACUCCCACUCAACUUCAUCCCCGUGGCCGGAACUCCCAUGUUCCUCGUGUUGACCGGCUACCGGGGAGGACCCUUCCAUCACUGGCGUUAUUACCAGCUACUGGACUAUUCCAAGCAGCAACGAAAAGAGAGUAUCAGCAGGCGCCAGCUCCAAUAUACUACGUUUGGAACGGUUGCUCUGCUCCUGCAGUUGAUCCCACCCUUUUCGAUGUUCUUUCUGAUGACUACAGCAGCCGGUGCUGCAUUGUGGGCGUCGGAUCUCGAGACUAAGCGGCAGCUUGCAGAACAGCGACCAAGGCGACUAGGUGACAGCUAUCAUGAUGAUUAUACGGCAUAA